AGUGGGUACACAUGGAAGUAAACACCAAGUCCUUUGGGAAGGAAAAAAGUGCCAAAGAAAUUAAGGUUAUCAGAUGAGAUUUAUGGAAGAGGAGGCCUUGAGCUCAGCUUUUAAAGAAGCUAGGGACUUAAGGGAGCCAAGACAAGCAGGGAGAGCAUUCCUGUUAUGGAAGAUGGAGGGGUAAAGGAGAAUAUAACAUACAAGCAACAGCUGGCAGGCCAGUGUGCUGGAAAUGCAGGCUGUGUGUUCAACAGUCAUGGAAAUGUAUGGAAGACAGGCUGAAGCCAGAUCCUGAAGGACUUAAAUGCCUGGCAGAGGAGUUUAUAAUGUAUGCUCUGCUGCCACUGAAGCUUCCUGAUCUGAGGAGUUUAUGGUCAGGUCUGGAGACUCAGAAUGCCAUAUCCUAAAUGAGGAAUUCCACAAAGGUGGCUGUGGAUGCAUCACAGAGGGAAGAGAUUGGAGGAAAGAUGAUCAGAUAACCGAAUGAUCUCCUGUUCAUGGAGGAAAAUACCAAGAAUGCUACACAGGUCAACCCAAAAGUGAACCGCUGAUUCCUUUCCUAUUGAAAGAGAAGGAAGCAAACAUGAAGGAAAAUGUGACAUCAGCAACUAUCUUUCUUUUGCUUCUUUUUCUCCACACCAACCUCUUGAAUGGACAAUCAGCCCCUGGAAAGCCUAAGAUCGAAAAGUGUCGUUCUCCUGAAAAGGAAACAUUCACUUGCUGGUGGAAACCAGGAUCAGAUGGAGGAAUUCCUACCAACUAUACUUUGUUUUACAGAAAAGAAGGAGAGUCACUCACCCAUGAAUGUCCUGACUACAAAACUGGAGGUCCUAAUUCCUGUUAUUUUAACAAGAAGCACACCUCUAUAUGGAUGGUCUACAUCAUCUGGGUCAAUGCUACUAACCAGAUGGGAAAGAGUAUGUCAGAUCCACGUUAUGUGGAUGUGACUUACAUAGUUGAACCAGACCCUCCUUUGAACUUAACUUUAGAAGUUAAACAACCAGAAGAUGGAAAACCCUAUCUGUGGUUGAAGUGGUCUCCACCUGCCAUGGUUGAUGUUAGGUCUGGUUGGCUCACACUUCAGUAUGAAUUGCGACUAAAACCUGAGAAAGCAGCAGAGUGGGAGACACAUUUUGCUGGUCAGCAGACACAGUUUAAAAUCUUCAGCUUGUACCUGGGACAGAAAUACCUUGUAGAGGUUCGCUGUAAACCAGACCAUGGCUCUUGGAGUCAGUGGAGCCCUCAAAGUUCAAUUCUGAUACCCAGUGAUGUUAAAAUGAAAGAUACAACAGUGUGGAUCUUUGUGGCUGUUCUCUCAUCUAUUGUUUGUCUGAUUAUAGUCUGGACAAUGGCUCUGAAAGGUUACAGCAUGAUCACCUGCCUCCUGCCACCUGUCCCAGGCCCCAAAAUAAAAGGAUUUGAUACUCAUCUGCUAGAAAAAGGGAAGUCUGAAGAACUCCUGAGUGCCUUGGGAUGCCAGGGCUUUCCUCCCACUUCAGAUUGUGAGGAUCUUCUGGUGGAGUUUCUGGAAGUGGAUGACAAUGAGGAUCAACAGCUAAUGCCCACCCAUGUAAAGGACCAUCCUAGCCAAGGCAUGAAGCCUACACACCUUGACCCAGACAGCGACUCCGGCAGGGGAAGCUGCGAUAGCCCUUCCCUCUUGUCUGAGAAAUGUGAAGAACCCCGGGUCCCUCCACCGACCUUCCCCAUUCCAGAGGUCAAUGAGAAGCCAGAGGAUCCUGGAACAAAAAUGACCCACAGCUGGGACCCACAACCCCAGGGCAUAAACUUGGAAGGCAAAAUCCCCUAUUUCAGUGCCAUUGGGUCCAAGUCUUCAACAUGGCCCAUGCCCCAGCAAUCCAGUAACCACAACCUGCGAUCUUCUUACCACAACAUUGCCGACAUUUGUAAGGUGGCCCUGGGCACUGUGAAUGCUCCAGCUGUCUCACUGAAGAAAGAAGAGAAUCAAGCUUUAAAUUACUCAACAACUAUUGACACAGUGGGGAAAGGAGCAACAGAUAAGCAGAAUGAGUUGGAACACUUCCACUCCAAGGCUGACCAAGAUUCCACAUGGCUGCUACCCAAGGAGAAAAUGCCUUUUAUGUCUCCCAGGCCCAUGGAUUAUGUGGAGAUUCACAAAGUCAACAAGGAUGGCGCCUUAUCGUUGCUCCCGAAACAGAAAGAAAGCAGUGUUCAUGGGGAACAGGCCGGCACUCCUGACACCAGUAAGGAGUACACCAAAGUGUCCAGGGUUAUGGACAAUAACAUCCUGGUGCUGAUGCAAGACCCAAGAGCUCAGGCCGCCAUGACAUUUGAAGAAUCUGCUAAGGAAACUCCUCAGCCCCUACCACACAACCAAGCUGAGAAAAACCUGUCCUACUGCACCUCUUCCCCAGGUGACUGCAGACUCCAGACUGGUGGGUUGGAUUACCUGGAUCCGACUUGUUUUAUGCACUCCUUUAAUUAGUUGAUUGAUUCAUUACAAUGUGAUUUUUCUUCAGGUAACACUACAGAAUCAGUCAAAUGCAAUCAAACAUUAGAAUGUCCAAGAAAGUGGUUUAGAAAUGGCACUAAAACUCAUCUGCAGCUCAUAUCUUCUUAUGCUUCACUUUCAAACAGCUGAUGCCAGAACAAAUUAUUUUGUUUUCUAAUUGUAAUUUGUAGUUUUAAUUUCUGCUAAUAGAUAUACAAUAACAUGUACAAUAAAAUAAAAGCACAUCACUUAGUUUUCUUGGUGGGGGGGGGAUGCCAAUAGACACAUUAUUUUGGUAAGGUAUUCAUGGCUCAUUAUAUAACCAAAGUAAAUUAAAUAGACAGAAUUGUUUAAUGCCAUAAGAAAGGAGCAUAAGUGUACAAACAGCAUGAGCCAUGGGUUCCCAGGUGUGCUGGCACACCUAAUUCAUAACCCAUGCUCUCCUAGAGAAAGAAAGAAGGAGAAAGGUGAUCACGUGCCAUGAAAACCCAAGCUACAAACCAGUUCCUUAAACUUUGCAUCCCUCUCAUUUUGUUUAGAUUGCUCAAACAGAAUGCACUAAAAGAAAAAAAAAACAUUCCAGAAAAUAUGACCUAUUUGUUGAUUUGUACAUCCCACUCCUUG